AUUUCUGCAAUGUCAACAAGAGUAUAGGUUCACUGCCAAGAUAACUUGGAUAGAGCUUGUGGAUAUUUAGGCUGAUGAGGGGUCAGAGGUCAGCAGACAGUCAGGACAGUGCAUCAGCAAUGGCCGUUUUUUAUCCUUUUGUGGAUAGUUUAAUUGAGGAUUAUUCAUGAGAACACAUUUGAGAAGCAACUUCCGUUCAUGUAAUCAUGGCCGUUCCUUGGGCUCGUGUGUUACUUACUACACUCAGUUUUUUGAUGCAAGUAAAUUGUCAAGAAAGUUCCAUUCUUCCCAAUGAUAUCCAAAAACUUUGCAACGAUAAAAAUAAUUUAUCGUCAGUGAUAGUAGAUUACCAGUGUUACGUCUAUAGUAACAAAAAAGUUGGAUGGGAUGAUGCUUUCGGACAAUGUAAAAAUAGUGGUGGGAAACUAGCGAUCAUCUUGGACAACACCACUCAGAGUAUGUUGGCACAAAAGGCGGAUGAAAUGAAAAAUAAACUCGAAACAUCUUUGUGGAUUGGCUUGCGUUGGCAUGGAGCGAGAUUUUCAUGGGACGGACAGGAGAACAGAAGUUGCAUUGUCGACGACAACCAAAAAAUAGAUUGUGCCCCAAGCUGCGGUUCUAUUGUUGCAUGCAAAGACAAAAUUAAAACAUACUGUUACAGUAGGAUGUGUUGUUACCAAGAAUCACAGUUGGAAAAAGUUCCGCAUUGUUUUUUACCGAAAGAAGAUCGACUGUAUGGAAAUUAUUCAUUUUGGGCAAACGGUCAGCCUGACAAUGGUGGUCCUAACCAAUGUGGAGUCCUUUGGAACAACGGACAAUGGAAAUGGGAUGACCAAAAUUGCAAUACAGAAAACCACUUUCUUUGCCAAUACGACAUUACACAAAGUACAACGGUAAGAGAAAAGACCUCAGAGUCUACAGAAACUAGCGCAUACAUUGUGGAUGUAACAUCUACCACAAAUAUACGUAACUCGAGACUGACCUCUUAUGAACCAACAGCUACUGAAGCAAAUGUUAACACUAUGUCGUCAGAAGAAACUACAACCUCAGGAAAAAAGGAAAAAAGCACAACGAAAUCUGGAGAAAAUUCCUCCAUUGAAGUGCUAAGUUCAACAAAAGGCACCCUUCUUCCCACUAAUUUACAUCCAUCUACAAAAAGUCUUAUUAAUAUCAUGACGCCAGUGUUUUAUCGAAGUAGUGUUGCCACGCCCUCAGUUACAUUGACAUCGUCACUUACCUCGAAGGAAAGCUACUCCACCACUCCUACACAGGUGCCAGCUGGCGGCGACAGAGCGCUUGCUUCCCCUCUGUCCGAUGCGGGUAUAGGAAGUAUCGCUGCCGCAGCAUUACUUUUAGUUAUCCUCUCAGUACUUAUUGUGUUUUUUAUCAGAAAAAGGCGUAAACGAGGACACAUAACGACCCAAAUAAUUGAAAAUAUGGUUUCCCGAGACUCAAGAGCUUAUUCGGAGAUUCCAGUUGAUAAUCUGGCUCAGAAUCCGGUGUUCAACUUCGGAGAAGAAGACAAUCGCUUGAGUCAAACUAGUACCGCCAACGUCACGGUGACCAAUGGAGAAGCUUCUGUAUUAUACCUAAGGCCGGCGAAGAAAUCUAAAUUGCAGGAAGAAAAUAAAGGGUUUUUAACUUCGACUUCUAUUGACAUCGAUCAAACACCACUGAAGGAAGGAGAGGAAGAUCACAUCGUCGAACUAUCUGAUCAGCCAAUGAAGCAAAAACAUCAAAUCACAGCACCCAAAAUGCCUCCAACCAGCGAGGAUUAUUCAUAUGCCCAAACGGGCCAGAACAUUCGGUUAUCGCCUAUGACAGCCGAUGAGGAGUCCUGCACUUAUUCCUAUGCAGAAGUAAGGCAAAGAAUGCCCGAUUUAAAGGAUUACUAUACUAGCGCUCAACCCACCGAGGAUCAGGGGGAUGCAUUGUCAAGUACACAAAUGGUUGACAAUCCCAUCUAUGGAAAUUAGAAUUUAUAUUUCAACAGGCGAAGGCUACUGACGGAAACUUUUUUCUGAGUUAAAAGAAAAUUGAUUCAAACAAGCCAACUGAAGCUGUCAAAUGCACAGAUAGCCUAUCCCAGUUUGACUGUGAAGAAAAUAGUUGACACGUGUGUAACUGCGCUUGAUAAAGCCCUGCAUAUGAUACAAGGUUUUUCAUACUCCCAAAUCUUACAAAACUACUACUAUCAUAAACAAUUAUCGAACAAAAUCAGCUGAAUCUUUAAAGUUAAGACAGCCAGUUUCUUUUUGAAUGUGAAAAUAUAAUCAUGUACACUGAUUAUUUUCACCUGUAUUUAAGCUUUGUACAUGUAUAAACCACCAGAAAAACAGAUUUUUAAUAUUAAGCUUUAGUACAUAAAAUGGCCAGAUACACCAAAAUUAUCAGGAAAAAAGGAAAAGAAUAAUCUGAUCAUGCCUAUUUUCAAACAUAUUCAUACAUACAAUUUAAAAUCACAGGUCAGCCUAGUAGGUAUUAAGUAAAAUGGAUAUACCAUCCAGAUGUUCCAGUGUGCAAAUAUACAACGUAUAUACAGAAGAAAACUAAUUAUUGGGAAUAAAUAUAAAUUACAAUAGUUAAAUCUCGUACGAAUACCGAUUUUACCUGAGGGUCCGCCUCCAUUUGAUUCAUACAGACCAGAUACGUGAGUUGGUCAAAAUCUAGGAUUGGACUAACCUGUACAUGUGGGGACUCUCCCGUGCAACAGCAGCGUCCAGUUGUUCGGAAGAUAACAUGUAAGCGUCAAAAUAAAUAUUUUACUUGUGUACGAGUAACGGUUAUCCAGACA